AUGGUACGUGUUUCCUGUUUGGUGAUUUUCCGUAAUGGUGUAGUAUUUGUGUAUCAGAGCAGAUAUCACGUUUUAAACUUUGUGAGGAGGUUUCAAAAGUUGGAGAAAUGGAGAAAGCCAUUUUACGACGUUCUGCGGAAUUACGAGAACUCCUCUGUGGUUUUGCCGGCGUUCUAUAACACACGGAACACAGACGUGUCGUUCCGCGUGAAGUACAUGCUGGAUGACUUCGAGUCGGCCCGCGGCGUGUUCUUCUUCCACCCGCAGUACCUGCUGAAUGUGCAGCGCUUCUGGGCCGUGCAGGGCGUCCGCGCCAAACGCCUCAGCAGCGGCCUGAUGCUGGUCACCGCCGCCAUGGAGUUAUGCGAACAAGUGCAUCUCUACGGCUUCUGGGCAUUUCCCAUGAACCCCUCCGGAAUCUUCAUAACACACCAUUACUAUGACAAUGUCAAGCCCCGCCCCGGUUUCCACGCCAUGCCGUAUGAGAUCUUCAACUUCAUGCACAUGCACGCUCGCGGCAUCGUGCACGUGCACACGGGCCCCUGCAGGUGAAACGUCCAAGCGUCUCUGCAAUCUGAUUGGUCCGUUUUGUAGAGCUCCUCCCAUUCACUGGCGCUACGGAACUCAGACUUAUGUGCGUGUGCGCGAAUCGCUGCCUUAAAGGCCAGGCGUUUUAUUACUACGUGUUUUUUCAAUAUCGUGUCGGGACAGUUGCAAAACGGUAUUUGUUUCCUGUUUGGUGAUUCUCUGUAAUGGUGUCGUAUUUGUGUAUCAGAGCAAAUAUCACGUUUUAAACUUUGCGAGGAGGCGCCAAACUAGGCACAAUGCAAUAGAACGCAACAGAUGAGUUCUGGAAGUAAAAACUUUUUAAUGAUAAACCUUUUAAGACAGACCUGUUGUGAGCUCUGUUCAUCUAUGGUAAAUGCUUUUGCUGAAGCCAUCUGUUCGCAUUCAACAUAUUUUUAAAAUAAUCAUGUUUAAAGGUACAGUCAUUUUUUGACUGUACUAAAGCAUA